AUGAAGAGAGCUUCAUCGAUGAAGAACACACCACCAAUAGUAAUAGUAAAUGAAAAGUAUGGAGAAUGUAAGAAAAAUUUCUUGGUAAAAAGUGGAGGGUAUUUAACUGAUGGAUGCAUGGAGUUUAUGGCAAGUAGGGCAGGAGGAACCAAUGCUGCAAUGACUUGUGAUGCUUGUGGUUGUCACAGAAACUUCCAUAAACAAGAAUGGUACUUUGUUGAGGCUACUUCUUCUUCUUCUUCUUCUUCAACUCAACCACCUAAGGCUCCUUAA